AUGGAGCCGGAACUGUCCGGUCUGCAGCGGGAGUUUGCGGCUCUUGACGCCUCUCGUGUCGCUGGCUUUCCCGUGGAGUUCCAUUUUGUGGGGGUUGGGCCGAGGCGCUCCGCGAGGGCGAUGAAUGAGUUCCUGACGAAGGCCAAACGCAAACCCGAGGGCGUGCUGAUGCUGGGUGUGGCCGGCGCAGUGGACCCGGGGAUGGAAUCGGGAGAGGUCAUCCUGGCCGACACCUAUGCGCUGGACACGAAAGAGGAUUCUGCGGCAGACAUCCCACCUGAUCCCGAGAUGCUGGGCGUGGCCGAAUCGGUUGCAUCCAAUUUUGAGGAUGCCUGUUCGGGUUUGACCUACUUCAAGAUGGAAUCCGAAAGGCGAAGGAGCGCAAGAGAACAAGCAGCCAAGGAUGCCAUCUACUAG